AUGAAAACUACCUUGGUUCUUUUGGCUCUUGUCGCCGUCGCUGCUUCCGCUGUCAUCCCAGCUCAACAAUUGAACAGUGCCAACUGUUUGAUGUGCGAACUUGUUGUCAAGCUCGCUGAAAACCCAGCUGAUCGUGAAGCUCACAUCAUUGAACAAAAAUUCGACGCUGAAUGCAAAAAAGUUAUCCCAAUUCCAUUUGUUGAGAAGAGAUGUGAAGCUUACGGAAACUCCAAGAUUGACGUUAUCAUCAAUGUAAGUCUGGCUGGUUCGGAGAAGUUGAACUAGAUUAUUAAUGUAUUGUUUUCAGGAACUCGAAGGAGGUACCGCCCCAGAAGACGUCUGCACCAAGCUCAAGGAAUGUUAA